GCAUGGCAGGGUAGCUUGUACGGGUCAUCAGUCAUCGGCGCUGCAAAAUGGAUUCUCAUGAGAGCAUCCCGUUGUUGUCUCGUGUUUGUGGUGCGGCGUAAAGAAGUCGGGAAAGCUUCGACUUUCCCCAUAAUGUUUACCGGGUAAAUUAUCUGCGUGCUCGCACCCAAAGGUAGAACCUCGUCCAUUCCACUGCCGGAGCCGCAGAACCCCAAUGGCGAGGUCCCUCCAAGUGAGUCAGCAGAGGAUCGCCGAAAAGCUGACCAUCCUCAAUGACCGAGGCGUUGGGAUGCUCACCAGGAUUUACAACAUCAAAAAGGCAUGCGGCGACGCCAAGUCCAAGCCGUCGUUUCUGUCGGACAAGAACCUCGAGUCGGCCAUCAAACACGUCGUGCGCCGAUUCCCGAACAUCGACAUCAGAGGAAACAGCGCUCAGCUUUCGGCGGUGUUCACGAUCCGACAGGACAUCAUGAAGUCCCUGUCACUUUACUACUACACAUUUGUGGACCUGCUGGAUUUCCGGGACCACGUCAGCGAGCUGCUCACCACGAUAGACUCGUUCCAGCUGUACCUCGACAUUACCCUGAACUUCGACAUGACCAAGGCCUACCUGGACCUGGUGGUGGCGUACGUGACGCUGAUGAUCCUGCUGUCGCGCGUGGAGGACCGCAAGGCGGUGCUGGGGCUCUUCAACACGGCCCAUGAGAUGACGCAUGGCCACAGCGACAACAGCUUUCCCCGACUGGGCCAGCUCAUCGUCGAGUACGACCCCCCGCUCAAAAAGCUCGCCGACGAGUUCGUCCCACAUUCCAAGACGCUGUUCCAAGCUCUGCUGUCCCUUCAGCAAGUGUUUCCCCGGCGUAACCUGACGGCGGACGAGUGGCGCAAGAGUCAGAUGCUCAGCCUGCUCGUCUCGCCCGCCCAAAUGCUCACCCCAGCCCAGACAGAAACGAUGCCGUGCGAAUACCUCUCCUUGGAAACCAUGGAGCGCUGGAUCAUUCGUGAGUUGGCUCUUUCCCUAGUCGGGUUGGGCGUCUCAAGAUGGCGGCCACCGCGACGUUGUCGCAUCUCUUCCUGCGCAGUGGGCUUCCUGCUGAUCCACCCGUACCUCCAGCAGCCCCCCGCCCAAGCGCUGUUCCUCCAGGCGCUGUCCAACGGCUGGGCACUCACUCUGUUCCGAGACGAACUGCUCCCGAUCCACUCGUACGCGCAGCAGUUCUUCGAGGGACUCAAAGGCCACGGCAAGCGGGCCUCGGAGGUGAAGGAAGCCCUGGCGCAGGCGCUGGGGACGGCGCCGCUGGUGCACCGCGAGCGGCGCAAGUUCCUUCGAUCGGCGCUCAAGGAACUGGCGCUCGUGUUGGCCGAACAGCCAGGAUUGCUCGGACCCAAGGCCCUGUACGUCCUGAUGGGGCUGUCCCUGUCUCGUGACGAGGUCUGCUGGCUUGUGCGCCACAACGAGCUGGGCCCGCCCUCUCGAGCCCCGGGCCGCUCCCGCAGCCUCCAGGGGGAGGACCUCUUGGACCGUCAGCUGCCGGAACUCCUGUUCCACAUGGAGGAGCUCAGGGGUCUCAUGCGGAAGUACAGCCAGGUGGUGCAGCUGUACUACAUCCAGUACCUGAGCGGCUUCGACGCCCCAGCCCUGGAGGCGGCCAUGCAGGGGAUCCCGGCCAUUCCCGAGGAAGACGCGGCGCUGCUGUCGGUAGCGUGCUCGACGGCACGCUCGUUGGCCCCGCCCCCCUCGGGGUCCGAGGCGCCCCCGCCAGACCUGCGGGGCCUGCGGCUCGACUGGUCGCGGCUGCAGCUCCACGCCAGUGCCCAGCGCCACCCCUGGGGCCUGCGGGAGCGGCCCCACCUGGCGGCCCUCAUGAACGGGCUCGUGUUCCACACCAAAAUGGUGGACUUCCUGGACCGGCUGCUCGUCGAGACCUCCGACCUCUCCUUCUUCUGUUUCUUCAGCCGGGCAUUUGAAGACCAGUUCCACCUGUGCCUGGAGUUCCCGGCCCAGACACGCUACAUCAUCGCCUUCCCGCUGGUCUGCGGCCACUUCAUGAACUGCACCCACGAGCUCUGUCCCGAGGAGCGGCACCACAUCGGAGACCGUAGCCUGACCCUGGUGAACGCCUUCUUGGACGAGAUGUCCAAGGAGGCCAAGAACAUAAUCACGACCAUCUGCGACGAGCAGUGCACCCUGAGCGACCGGCUGCUGCCCAAGCACUCGGCGCUCAACAUGGCGCUGGUGGUGCACAAGAAGAAGCGGGACAAGAAGCAGCGCCCGGCCACGGCGCCACCCCGCGACAAACCCGGCACAGAGAGCUACCGUCGGACGCGGGAGGAGCUCAGCACGAUGGACAAGCUGCACAUGGCCCUGACGGAGCUGUGCUUUGCCAUCAACUAUGCGUCGAGCAUCCACGUCUGGGAGCACACGUUUGCUCCGAGGGAAUACCUCGCUCAGCAUCUGGAGAACCGGUUCAACAAGGCAUUGGUAGGCAUGGUGAUGUACAAUGCGGAAAGCCACGAGAUCGCCAAGCCUUCUGAAUUGCUCUCCAGUGUCCAGGCCUACAUGAGUGUGCUGCAGGGCAUUGAGAACCACGUGCACGUGGACAUCACGCGGGUGUUCAACAAUGUGCUCCUGCAGCAGACACAACCACAGGACAGCCACGGCGACAAGACCAUUGCCACGCUGUACACAAACUGGUAUCUGGAAGUGCUGCUACGCAAGGUGACGGCCGGUCACAUGUGCUACUCCCCACUGCAACGGGCCUUCGUCAACCUGAUCCACGACGGCCAGCAGGUUCCGUUCACGGCCGAGGAGUUCUCUGACGUGCAGGAGCUGCGCUCCCUGGCCGAGCUGAUUGGUCCCUACGGGAUGAAGUUCCUGAACGAAAGCCUCAUGUGGCACAUUGCAAGCCAAGUGGCCGAACUCAAGAAGAUUGUGCUGCUGAACCGAGAGAUCCUGGUGGAGCUGCGCUCCAACUACGACAAGCCGGAGCAGAUGAAGGAGCUCUUUCGCAAGCUGCAGAAUGUGGACAGCGUCCUGCAGCGCAUGACCAUCGUCGGGGUCAUCCUUUGUUUCCGGAUGCUCGCCCAGGAGGCCCUACAAGACGUGCUGUCGGUGCGGAUCCCGUUCCUGCUGGGCUCGGUGGCGGACCUCAAGCACCAUGUCUCCAACGGAGACUCUCUGGCGGUGAGCGAGAUGGCAUCCGCCGCGGGCCUGCCCUGCAAGGUUGAUCCUGCGCUGGUGACUGCUCUCAAGUCGCAAAAGAGCGAUGUGGGCGAGGACGAGUACCAGGUGGCCUGCCUGCUGAUGGUGUUUGUGGCAGUCUCCCUGCCCAAGCUGGCAAGAAGCGAGGGCUCCGUGUACCGGGCAUCUCUCGAGGCGCACAGCAACAACAUGCACUGCCUGGCGCACGCCGUGAACGCCCUGGCGGGCUCGCUGUUCACGCUGUGCGGCCACGGCGACGUGGAGGACCGACUGAAAGAGUUCCUGGCGCUGGCGUCUUCGAGCCUGCUCCGCCUGGGGCAGGAGGCGGACCGGGAGGCCGGCAGGGAGGCAGUCUUCCUGCUGCUACACCUGCUGGUCGACGAGUCGCCGUUCCUCACCAUGGACCUCCUGGAGUCCUGCUUCCCCUACGCCCUGCUGCGCAACGCCGCCCACGCCGUCUACAAGGCCGAGGCCUGACCAAUAAAAGCCACCCCUGGUCCCUUCUGUA